AAUAACGUAUUCGAGUAAAUUACUAGAAUACGCAGGUUACGCCGCAUGUGACGGCACCCUUACACAAAACUGACGCAAGGUUACGAAGGAUGGCAUAAGGCCAUGUCCUUUAGCCUCCAGUUCGUCAUCUUUUCUUCGGCCACGAUAAUUCUUAAAAGAACAGUAAAGCUAAACAAAACGAGAAAAAAGGAUUUAUGAGAAUUCGCGACAGCUUCGGACGAUGCGACUCGUGAUAGCGAUGAGUUCUAAGUUGCCGGUGAUUCUACGGCAGCGCAAUGCGACCACGCGUUUAUUUCGUGGAAACCGGUCACCUUCGGAUUAUCAAACACCGUUGCCGAUUUACGCCAGACAGACACGAACAGAAUGCCCGGGUUAUAAGUCGGGAUUAUUUAGGACCACUCGGAUUCAUCCCGCAUUGACAUCAGUGAGGUUCUUCUCGACGAAAAGAUCUUCGGAUCGAGACCCUCCGAGUGAUGGGAAUGGAGAACAAUCUGGAGAUUAUCCUGCCUCACUGCCUGCAACUGUGGUGGUGCCUGAAGUAUGGCCUCAUGUACCAGUCAUUGCUAUCAAUAGAAAUCCAGUAUUUCCCAGAUUUAUUAAAUUAAUUGAGAUUGGUAAUCCAGUUCUGAUCGAUCUAAUACGUAGAAAGAUAAAGCUAAAUCAGCCUUACGUGGGAGUUUUCUUGAAGAAAUCUGAAGAAAAUGAAGCUGAUGUCGUUCAAAGUUUAGAUGAUAUUUAUCCAAUUGGAACUUUUGCACAAGUACAUGAGGUACAAGAUUUAGGAAAUCGAUUGAGAUUAGUGGUUAUGGCACACAGAAGAAUAAAAAUCGUUAAUCAAAUUUUUGAGGAUGCCAAUCCAAAAGUAGAACACGAGAUGAAACUGACAUUUCCACUAUUAAAUACUACAAUUACCGUUCCUGUAGACGACACAAUGACCAGUAACAAGGUUAACCGGAGAUCAUUGCGUAAAAAAGGAGAGAAUAGAAUUGCAGAACGAACUGAGAGAAUAGAAAAGGUCAGUGAAACAAGCUCUACGGAAAUAAAACCGCAAGUACACGCGCCUGAGAAGAAUACGGAAAAACCAUUAGUUUCAUCAAUUCCUCAGCCUGAUAGUCAACCUAUAUUAAUGGUGGAAGUUGUAAAUGUCACACAUGAAAAGUUUAAACAAACUGAGGAGAUUAAGGCACUGACACAGGAACUCAUUAAAACAAUCCGAGACAUAAUCAGCAUGAAUCCUUUGUAUCGCGAAUCUUUACAACAAAUGCUGCAUCAGGGACAAAGAGUUGUGGAUAAUCCUGUUUACCUCAGUGAUUUAGGUGCUGCCUUAACUGGAGCAGAUGCACAGGAAUUGCAACAAGUUUUAGAAGAAAUGGAUAUUCUAAAAAGAUUGAGAUUGUCACUUGCACUUUUGAAAAAGGAAUAUGAAUUAAGCAAGUUGCAACAGAAAAUUGGUAAAGAGGUUGAAGAGAAAGUAAAACAACAACAUAGAAAAUAUAUUCUUCAUGAACAACUCAAAGUUAUUAAGAAAGAAUUAGGAUUGGAAAAGGAUGAUAAAGAUGCGAUAGAAGAAAAAUAUAGAGAAAAAAUAAGACAAAAGACAGUUCCUAAACCAGUUAUGGAUGUGUUGGAGGAGGAAUUGAAUAAACUUUCCUUUUUAGAAAGUCAUAGUAGCGAAUUCAAUGUUACAAGAAAUUAUCUCGAUUGGCUUACGUCUAUGCCAUGGGGUGUGACAAGUACAGAAAACUUAAAUCUUCAAGAUGCCGUCAAAAUUUUGGAUGAGGAUCACUAUGGAAUGGAUGAUAUAAAAAAAAGAAUACUUGAAUUUAUUGCUGUUAGUCAACUAAAGGGCAGUACUCAAGGAAAAAUAUUAUGUUUCUAUGGGCCUCCCGGGGUUGGCAAGACCUCGAUAGCUAAAUCAAUUGCUCGUGCUUUGAAUAGAGAAUAUUUUAGGUUUAGUGUCGGCGGAAUGACGGAUGUGGCAGAGAUCAAAGGACACAGGAGAACAUAUGUGGGAGCCAUGCCAGGCAAAGUCAUUCAAUGCUUGAAAAAGACCAAAACUGAGAAUCCAUUGAUUUUGAUAGAUGAAGUCGACAAGAUUGGCAA